AUGUAUUUAAUUAUUAUUUUAAUAAUUUUACUUUAUGUGACCUAUUAUGUAUAUAAACAUUUAUUUCCUUCACCUAAUAUUAAUCCAGAUGGUAAAUAUGUUCUUAUUACUGGUUGUGAUACAGGUUUUGGUCAUGCAUUAGCUAUUGAACUUGAUAAACAAGGUUUUAAUGUAUUAGCUGGUGUUUAUAUUUCUAAUAAUAUUAUCAUACUUAAAAAUAAACUUUCAUCAAAUGCCAAUGUUUUUCGCCUUGAUAUUACAAAAGAAGAAGAUAUUAAUGCUGUAUAUGAAUUAGUACAAAAGAAAACAAAUAAACUUCAUGCUCUUGUUAAUAAUGCUGGAAUUGGAGAAUCGGGCUAUAUUGAUUGGAUAACAUUAGAACUAAUACGUAAAACAAUGGAUGUAAAUUUUUUUGGACAUGUAGCAAUGACAAAAAAAUUUUUACCAUUAUUAAUUAAUAAAUAUGAUUCACGUGUUAUUAAUAUUUGUUCAGUAGCUGGUUUUCUAACCACACCAAAUCUAUCGGCUUAUUCAGCUUCAAAAUAUGCUUUAGAAGCAUUUUCUGAUUGUCUUCGUCGAGAAAUGAUUUCAUGGGGUUUGCAUGUUAGUAUUAUUGAACCUGGAUUUAUGCGAACACCCAUAAUUGAAGUAAAUCAUAUAUCUUUUGAAGAAUUUUGGUCAACAUUAUCAAAAGAUGUGCAAACACGAUGGGGUGAAGAUUUUGUUAAAGAACAAUUUAAUAAUCAAAGAAAUAAUGUAUUUAUUAAAUAUGCUGAAGAUCCAAUUAAAGUUGUAUGUGCACUUCAACAUGCUGUUAUGAAUACAAAACCUUAUAUUCGUUAUCGACCAGGUUGGCAAUCAAGUUUUAUCUUUUUUCCACUUUCAAUGCUACCUGCUUGGAUUGUCGAUUUGAUUUUGAUUAAAUUCAACAAGUUAACUAUUCUUCCUGCAAAUGUUUACAAACAAUUAAAAGACUAA